AUGGUUUCCCCCGUUGAACAAGCUCAGGCGCUCACGCCGGCCGCCGUCGAGGCCGCAUAUGCCCUCAUCCGGCCAUAUGUGCACCGCACUCCUUUGCUGACGUGCAGAACCCUUGACACCAUCGCUUCGACCCCGCAGUCCCCCGAAUCGCUGGUCGGCACUCCGUUUGAGGGCCAAACGCCCGCACGCCCGCGGUUUCGAUUUUUCUUCAAGUGCGAGAAUCUCCAGCGAAUCGGUGCUUUCAAAGCCCGAGGAGCUUUCCAUGCGUUGCUGCGGUUGAUUGAGGAGCGCGGCGAGGACGAGGUGAAACGACGCGGGGUAAUCACACACAGCUCCGGUAACCAUGCCCAAGCCCUUGCCCUCGCUGCCUCCACCCUCCACGUUCCGGCCUACAUCGUAAUGCCGCACAUUAGCACCUCGUCCAAGAUCGCCGGCACUCGGUCCUACGGUGCCGAGAUCAUCUUCAGCGGGUCAACAAGUGUCGAGAGAGAGGCCGUUGUGGCCGAGAUUCAGGCGAAGACGAAUGCCAUUCUGGUGCCACCCUACGAUGACUUCAACAUUAUCUGCGGGCAGGGCACUACGGGGCUAGAACUGGAGGCACAAUACACCGAGCAGGUCGGAUCUCGUGCUCUUGAUGCAGUGAUUACACCUGUUGGUGGCGGUGGACUCAACUCUGGCGUGGCCACCUUCUUCUCGGACAAGUCCACUCGAGUAUUUGGCGCGGAGCCGAUUUUCGAGGGCGCAGAUGACUGUCGACGUGGACUGCAGGCUGGAGAGCGUGUGGCCAAGGUCUCGACGCUGACGAUUGCGGACGGACUGCGUACACCCGUCGGACUGUUGAACUGGCAGGUCAUCUCCAAUAAGCGCAAGGUUGAGGGCGUAUUCGCGGUGACGGAGGAACAGAUAAUGGCGGCGAUGCGACUGGUAUUUGAGCGUAUGAAGGUGGUGGUUGAGCCCAGUGCAGUAGUCGGGCUCGCGGUCUGUCUCUUUGACGAGGGUUUCAGGAGGCGGGUGGAACAGGAGGGCGGCGACAAUGGCUGGGAUGUUGCAGUUGUGUUCAGCGGAGGUAAUACGACUUUGGAAGCGGUUGCCAAGUUAUUUGGAUGA